AUGGCGGUCAAGACUAUAUAUAUUGUAAGACACGGGUACCGUUCUAACUGGCUGCCCGAGGGUCCCUACCCACCCCCACCGACCGGGAUUGAAAAUGAUGUGCCUCUCGCGGAGCACGGUCUCGAGCAGUCCGAGGAGCUCAGUGAGCACAUUGCGCAGCUCGAAGUCAAGCCACAAGUGAUCUUCACGUCGCCCUUCUACCGGUGCUUGCAGACGAUAUCUCCCACGAAGAAGAAGUUGCAGAUUCCGUUGUACGUGGACAGGGGCCUUGGCGAGUGGUUCAAGAAGGACAGGGAUGUUGUGCCGACUCCUGCGUCGAACGGCGUGAUCGGGAAGUUUUUCCCAGGGCUGCUCGCCGGUGAGUGGGAGGACAGUGUGAUCCCUUCGAAGUCCGGUGAAAGCGAGACGGAUAUCUUUGCCCGGGCGCACGCAUUCUGGCCUGUGUUCAUCGGGCACGUGGAGCGGGAAUUCCCGGACGUCGAGACGGUGAUCCUCGUCACGCAUGCUGCGACGAAGGCCGCCCUUGGGAUGAACCUGUUGAAGUUCCCCAAUGCGCGCGAGGCGAUAGACGAACAGGGGACAAUGAUACGGAACGGCAGCUGUGCGCUGGACCGGUUCGACUGCAGGGCUCGUGGGCAAGAUUUCUACGGGGGGGAGUGGGAGCUCGUGACGAACGGGGAUACGUCGUUCUUGACCAACGGCGAGGAGAUGAACUGGAACUUCCAGAACCGUUUCGAGGCCGGGUCCGAUGCGGAUAUUCGGGCGCGCCGGCUCACUGCUGCCGCGAAGGGGAAGCUGGAGUGA